UACAAUAGUGCACAUGCUCUAAAUUUUUUAGUCUUUUUAAUAAUGAGUCCAAAUAUUUCUUUAUGCAUUCCAUACAUCGAUUAUUAAUUAUCAUUCAUCGUGUGUAUAAAUAAAUGAAUGCGUAGUUACAUGUUUGUUACAUAACGCUAGUUUACAAAUACAUAGACACCUGUGCAAUCUUAUAGUUUUUGUUAUAGAAUGCUAGUCAGAAAAAAAGAACUAGAAACCAGACGAACUUCCACGUAAAUAUUGGUAACACGUGUAUUCGGUGUUUGGCUUUAUGCGCAUGUGGUGUUUUAUGCACAAGCACCUAGAACAACUGACGUUUCCGUCACUUAAUUAAUUCGAUAUAUGUAAUCUGUGUGCACGUUGAUUGAACCGGCAAGUGUCAUAAUAAAUUUAUAUUUAUUAUGAAAAGCGAUGCUGUCUCUGUCCUUCUAGAUUUUUACAUCGUCUCUAUCGCAUCGAUUAAGAGAAAAAGUUUCAAAGAAAUCACCAGAUGAGAAUGAAUUUGCACGCUAAAAGAUGAAAUGACGUGCCGAGAGUGUUUCACGAAAUUGUUAAUAUUUGUGAUAAUAUAAAACUUGCUACCUCGAAUGACCGAUUUACCGUUGAAAAAUAAACGAAUAUUAAUCUCACUUGUGUGAACGAUAGUGUGUGUUAAUAUGUUCAAACGAAUUGAAAAUAAUGGAGAACAUGAGUAUUCCGUACCUGCCAAACGAACAAAAUAUGAUACGAACAAAGUAUCCUUGGCUGGCGUUUCUACAAAUCGUAGAAGCUCAACAAACAAAAAGCUUGGGAAGGCUGAUGAUGUAUGGGGCGAUGAUUUUGCAGAAGAAGAUAUCGAAGAGAUGGAUUUUGUUGCCUCGCAGGCUUGUGAAGAGAUUGCUUUGACUCAAACAAAUCGACAAGUAUCGUUUGUGCAAAGAUGUAGUAAUGUAGCAUCCACAAGCAAAGUUGCUGCUAACAUAAAUAAUGUUAUGAAUAAAUCAUUAAGAUCUCCUGCAUGUAUGUCUCAAAAGAGAGGAGUGGAAAACUUGAAGGAUAUCAGUCAAAUAGUAUCUGUUAACUAUAAAGAGUUUGAAGAUAAAUUAAUGAAUAGACAAGUUUAUAAUUCAACGUUUAAAGUAGAAGAAAGUGUUGUUCCAUCAGAAUCAAAAUACAUAAUGGAAUUAGAGAAAUUAAGAUCUGAAAAUAAAAAGUUAUUAGAUGAUUUCAUAACGAAAGAGGGAGAAACAGUCUUUUUACGCAAUCAAUUACAACAGGCUCAGUUAAGGGCAGAAGCUGAUAAACUGGAGAAGACACGUUUUAUCGAGGAGCAAGAGAGUCGACAUAGAACGGAAAUAAAUGCAAUGUGUAAAGAAAAAGAGUAUCUGAAGACUCAAUUUGAACUACAAACGUUCGAAGUAGGCAAUUUAAUGGAACGCUGCAAAUUGUUAGAAACGGGAAAUGUUAAAUUAACAGAACCAUGCUCUAUAAAUCUGAAUACCUCUAUGAAGAAAAAUAAAUUUAAUUCAUCAACGAACAGGACAUCAAUGUCAAUGGCAAAGCCAGUGAAAGUAAAAGAAUCUUGUGUUCAAGCUACUUUACACGAUAAGAGCAGUCAUAUUCUCAAAACUUGGAGUCCUUAUUAUCCUUUGACAAAUAUUUCUAAGUUAGUAUAUGAUAAACCGCAGCCAGAAAAACCAAUAGUCAACAUUCAAGUGAUAGAGAAAACUGGUCGAAGAAAUUUACCGAUUUUGCAGGAAGAAGAUACAUUUAGAAUAUUUGAAAAUCCAGAGCUUGUGAAACCUGUAACUAUGAUAGACGAGAGGAGGCUGUCGAUAGAAUUUAUUUUACCGGAAAUAGCAGCUCUUCAACGUAAAACGAAUUCUGAGCUCGAGUCCGAAAAUUCAAUAUGCGUAAUGAAUAAAUUGGUCUCUACUUCGAGGGAGUUGCUUCUGAACGUGAUCAUUGUUCUCCAGACAAUUUUUCAAGCUAUGAGAAACGAUGAUAUUCGAGACAUGAACGACAUUUAUUUUUCUGACCUGUACUCGAAUUCUGAUUUCAAUGGGAAGUCUGUAUGCGAUGCUAACGCGUGGCACGAGUGCGAGCGCGGUGUUGAAGUGAGAAGGGUGUUCGGCGUGAUUUCAUAUGUGACUCUGGAAUCAACGUAUCUGAGCAAAUACAUUGCUGGAAAGACACCGUUGUUCAUCGAAAGGGAUGAAAAUUACAAAAGUUAUUCGCGGCAAAUGGUUCGUUACGACAUGUGGCUAGAGAAGGGUCAAGAUUUUGAAAUGCUGAAAAUGAUCUUGCAGUUCAUCGUUUUAGUUGGAUCUACGAGACGAGCACAUCAAUUUAGCGGCCUUAUGUGUGCAAUCAUGAUGAUUAUAUGUAAUGUUCACAAAAAGGUGGAAUAUUGUUCAUUAGCGAUGGAGUACGUUUACCAAAUAUUUAAGGAAAUAGUCUUUUCUAGACCUCUGCCAUAUUGUUACUCGUUUCUUAGCCAUAUAAUGGUAAUAUUUAUUAAGUCUGCGACAUACCUGAAGAAACUCUGUGUUAAUUCACGGGUGAUGGCAGUGAACAAUUGGAAGGGUUCGCUACAUUUUACUCCAGAUGCUUGCCCGUUACAAAUCUUUCUGGCGCAGGUGGAGAAUCAUUAUUUUGACACAGUGGUCGCCCUAGACAUUACGGACACGUUGUUGCAGUUUAUGCAAUACGUGUUGCAAACAGACGUGAUUCCCUUAAGGUCCGAGACCUUGGAAUCGUGUAACUGUUGCAUGAAAUUGCUGCGGUUCACUAUGAGAACUCUGUUCAAGUGCACGGAAGCAAAUUUAAGCGCUAUCGGGGACUUCGACUCGCGUCACUUCCCUUUGCAGCAGGAAGACCGUUGCAAGUUGAAGAACGUUUGUCCCAAACAUUCGGUGUCUCCGAUAAUAAUAAAUAAUAAAUGUAUAUGCGAGGUGUACAAAGACAUAUUUUCCGACGCAAACGCUUGGACAAGUUUGAAGAGGCGACAGGUGAAAGUAUUGAGAGACGGAAUACGAUUCCUCGCUCACUUGGCUAUAUGCGAUCCCGAUUUCGUAAUUCGGUUGUCGGACAUCGAAGAUUCUUUCCAUUUGUUCAUGAGGAACAUAAGCAACUUCGACAUUUGCCUGCACGAGAAUGAACAAGAGGCCAUGGAUCGAAUAAAACAAACGUUCAUAUUCGACAAGGUGCCUCAGUCCGAGAUCGAAGCAUUUGGCAGCAACAGCACAAGCCAGCUAGAUAUACUAUCAAGUUUUCAGAAGCGACCCGUUAUUGGGCAGGCCCCCGAGAACCCGAAGAAGAACGAAAAUCAUAAUAAAUUUUUAACAACAAUCAGAUCACUGUAUAACGGUAGAGUCGAGUUAUCCAAUCAUUAAGAUGUAUUGCGAAGCGAAUUAUACAGGUAGGAGAAAUUUUGUAAGAUAGAUUAUAUUUCGAUACUGUGAGAACUAACAGUAUCCGAAUUGUGAUGCCAUAAUACUUUGUAUAUAAAUUUAUUCUGAUGAAAGUCGAAAAUAAUUACCGCAUACUAUUUUAUAAAAAAAAAAGAAGAAUAAAUCGUGAUAUCAUUAUUUAAA